UGGGAGACGCAGAUGUCAGGUUGAUUGGCUUUGGCUAUCGGAAUCAUGGCUUCCGAGAUCUAUACGACCUGAUAGGGACGCAAAUUCCCAGUCCUGGACGUCAAAUCGCAUCAUCCGUUUAUGUGAGAUCGCCCAUGGCGGGGGGCUCCUCCUCCUCCUCCUCCUCCUUCUCGACCGCCCCCGCCCCAUCCCUCGUGGACUCGCUGUUCCAGCGCUCUCUGGACGACCUGAUCAAGGCCCUCCGCUCCCAGCCCGCCGGGGCCGAGCCCUCCCUCCUCUCCCGCGCCGUCGCCGAGAUCCGCCGCGAGAUCCGCUCGCCGGACCCCGACACCAAAGCUGUCGCCCUCCAGAAGCUCACCUACCUCUCCUCCCUCCACGGCCUCGACGCCUCCUGGGCCGCCUUCCACGCCCUCGAGCUCCUCCCCUCCCCCUCCCCCCUUCAUAAGCGCCUCGCCUACGUCGCCGCCUCCCUCUCCUUCCACCCCUCCACCACUGACGUCCUCCCCCUCUCCACCCACCAGCUCCGCAAGGACCUCUCCCCCUCCUCCCCUCCCCCCUUCUCCUCCCUCGCCCUCCACCUUCUCUCCCUCUCCGCCUCGCCCGACCUCGCCCUCCACCUCGCGCCCGACCUCCUCCCCCUCCUCUCCCCUCGCAGUUCUCCCUCCUCUCCUCUCCGCCCCAAGGCCGCUGCCGCUGCCCUCCGCACCCUCUCCGUCUGCCCCGACGUCGCCCCCCUCCUCUUCAAGCCCCUCGUUGACUGCCUCUCCUCCCCCGACCUCCGCGUCGUCUCCGCCGCCGUCGGCGCCUUCGCCGAGCUCGCCUCAUCCGGUGACCCCACCCCCUACCUCCCCCUCGCCCCCGAGUUCUACCGCGUCCUCGCCGAGUCCGGCAGCAACUGGAUCCUCAUCAAGCUCCUCAAGAUCUUCACCCGCCUCGCCCCUCUCGAGCCCCGCCUCGCUGCCCGCCUCGUCGACCCCCUCUGCGACCUCCUCCGCCGCUCCUCCGCCCAGUCCCUUGUCUUCGAGUGCGUCCGCACCGUCUUCUCUGGCCUCCCCGACCACGACCGCGCCGUCCGCCUCGCCGUCGACAAGGUCAGGGAGUUCCUCGCCAGCGCCGAUGACCCCAACCUCCGCUACCUCGGGCUGCGCGCCCUCUCCAUGCUCGGCCCGCGGCACUCCUGGGCCGUGGAGGAGAGCCGGGAGGCGGUGAUCCGGUCCCUCGCCGACCCCGACCCCAACAUACGCCGCGAGGCCCUGCACCUCAUCAUGGUGAUGGUGUUUGACAGCAACGUCGUCGAGAUCUCCGUUCUCCUGGUCAACUACGCCAUGAAGUCCGACCCCAUUUUCGCCAACGAACUACUCGACGCAGUGCUCACCACCUGCCGGAGGAACGUGUACGAGCUGAUCGUGGAUUUCGAUUGGUAUGUCUCGCUCCUCGGGGAGAUGGCCAGGAACCCGCACUGCACCCGGGGGGAGGAGAUCGAGCGGCAGAUCGUGGAUAUCGGGCUGAGGGUCAGGGAUGCGAGGCCGGAGCUCGUCCGCGUGGCUCGAGGUCUCUUGAUUGAUCCUGCUCUGCUUGGGAACCCGUUUCUCUGCAGGAUACUGUCUGCGGCUGCUUGGGUUUCGGGGGAGUAUGUCGAGUUCUCAAGGAAUCCGUUGGAGCUUGUCGAGGCACUGCUGCAGCCGAGGACUAGUCUUCUCCCUCCUUUGGUGAGAGCUGUUUAUAUUCAAGCAGUGUUUAAAGUUCUCGCCUUUUGUUUCAGUACAUAUAUCGAUCAACUGGAAAUCAGUCAACUUUCAUCCUCCAUUGUAGAAUCUAACACUGCUGCUGCUGCUAGUUGCAUAGCGGAUGGAAUUGCUGGGAUGGAGAGCACUGAUGGCAUUGCUACUGGUGACAAGCCAGCCUCGUUAUUCAGUUCGAUAGAGAACAAAGAUCCCUUUACAUGUGAAUCUCUUACAAAAUUGUUAAUUUUGAUUGAAACGGCAGUGGGUCCACUAUCAGAGAAUGAUGAAGUGGAAGUUCAUGGGCGGGCAAGGAAUCUGCUUGGUUUGAUUCACAUGUUACGGGAGAUUCUAACUUGGAAGACUGAGGAGCAGGGCUUUAUAAAAGAUAACAGGAUUGGUGAAAUUGUGAACCUUCUGCAAUCAAUGUUUUCUGAAGAGCUAGGUCCGGUUUCUGUGAAUGCUCAGAAUAGAGUUCCUGUACCUGAGGGUCUUGUUCUUGAGGAAAAUCUUGCUGAUCUUGCCUGGACUUUAACUGAGGAUGAUACCGCUCCAUCCAUGUCAAUUUCAUUUUCCCUUCGAAGUCAUCAACAUGGGAAGACAAAGGAUGCUGCUGCAUCAUCAGUUCGGUCAGCAUCUCUGCUUGCUGAACACCGUAAACGGCAUGGAUUGUAUUACCUUCCUACAGAGAAAGAUGAGACUGAAUCGAAUGAUUACCCACGUGCCAACGAUCCUCUGUUGCCAGCCAGUCAAGGUGAUGUACCUGAGGACCUUGUAAAGCUCACCAAGCAAUCACUGAUUCCCAGAAAGGUAAAGCACACAAAGCCACGCCCUGUAGUGAUAAAACUGGAUGAAGGUGAUGGAGUCUCAACUUUUCCUUCGACAACAGUGAAGGAAUCAAAAGAUGAUUUGCUAUCUGGUGCAAUACAUGAUGCUCUUUUGGGAGAAGGCAAACCAUCAUCAUCACAAAAAAGGUAUUCGGACAAGUCAUCCCGAGGAAGAGUCAAAGAUAUAGCAGAUACUGGUGAAUCUGUUUCUCAGUCAAAAGAAAAUCUAGAGUCGGGUAAUAGAGAACAUCGGAGUUCAGGUUCUAAGAGUAAACAUCGUGGUCAUGGUAAAGAAAGACAUAGAAGCCCUCAGAAGAAUGAGGAGAAGGAAGAGAAAAAUCAUAGGAACUCAGCAAGGAGCAGUCAUCAUCAUGAAAGACAUAAGCAUAGGCCAAGAGGGGAGGCUCUUCUAAAUGUAGCUCCACGGGCACCAGUUAUCCAACAUUUCCUUUUGUGAUUGAUUUUAACUUGUUUGGUGCAUUGUUUAUCUAGUCACAGUUUUGGAGGAAUUUAGAUGAUGCGGUGUAAUAUUGUUUGUUGCCCUUCUUGCUGAGGUCAGGCCUAGUGCUUUCUCCUUUUCUUUUGCGGUGCAUAUCUUUGUAUAUAUUCUAGUAUUAUAUGAAUUUGUUUCAGGGUU